AUGGCCGCCAUGCCGGAUAGAAGAGACACCAUCAUUCCACUCUCACAAGGUACAUGUAUUACGUAUCAGUCAUAAUGUUACAUUUCAUUCUGCUAACCACUUCUUCACUAAACCAUUUUUCUCUUAACAUAUUAAAGCCUGCUUAAGAUCUGACAUAAAAUUGACUUAAUGACUUACUCUGCAUAAUCUCUGUAAGAAAAUGUAAAAAAUACUAGAAAAUAAACAAUAUGGUAAUAAAAGUAGAAAAAUAAUAUUAGUUACAAUAAUAAUAAUAAUAAUAAUAAUAAUCAGAACAAUAUAAACCUAAUCGCCAAUUGUCCAAACUAAACUCGUGAUUAUUCUCCACCGAAAUUAUAAUUAACCAUAUUAAUACUUUUUAAGUUAAUCAUAGAACGAAGAAAUUAGAGAGUAUGUAGCAAAAUUCUCCUUGUUUAUACCGUUACGAAGUCUGUAGAAGAGAUUUUAUCAGUCUGUAAUUUGUUAUUAAUCUGUACAUUGUACGUUAAAUCAAUUUGGUUAUUUUAACAGGAAAGCGCCAUUUUGGAUUCGGAUGCGGCUUUGGCGGAUAUGGCGGCUUUGGAGGAUAUGGUGGAUUUGGUGGAUGUGGUGACUGGUGCGCUGAUGGAACCAUGUGCCACAACUGCCAGGGUGGUUUUGGUCCUCCCAUUGGUUGUGGAGGUGGAUGUUGUGGUGGCUGCGGAGGUCUCACUUUCCCAUGCACGUUUGGUGCUUCCGUGAACAAUCCUGUCUGUGAGUGUUGUAAGGAGAAACCACCCAAAGGAAUGUGUCAGUGGCCAUGCAUGUGGCCAUGUUGCUGUCAGUGUAAGAUGCCUGAGUUUAAGUUCAAGCCCUUGGAGCCAAAGCCAGUAUGUCAUUCUCACUGUCAUCGCAGAGGACACAGUCACAAAAAAUCCAGUACGUCUUGUUAUAUUAUUUUUCUCAAAACCCGCAAGUAAUUAACAAAUAGAAUAUCCUCUGCUACUCUAGAGCUCUGAAAAUAAAUAACUUAGCAAUGUUAGAGUCGAGGACCUUUCCCGAUUAAAUUCGAAAUCGAACGUUACGUUAAGAUUAAAGCUUUGAAAUUGAAUAGCAUACCUUACAUAUCUUAGUGAAAAUAACAUACAUUUUAAGCAAUUUUGGAUACAUUUUAACGAAUCAAAUUCUAUUAACCCUAUAUUUUAUGAUAUGUAUAUUUUUUUGCUCAUAUUUUCCUCUCUUACUUUAUCACAGGCCAACAUGUACAAGCCCCCUUCAAACGUAAUAUGAUGCGUGUAAUGACAGGAGGUGUAUCUCCACAGGCUUAUACUCCACUCAAUGUUCUUCCUCUUCCAAGUAACCAUUUUCCAAACUAUCGGCACUUUUUCUCAGUGGGCAACCCUGAGGUUAACGCGGAAUCGCGCACAGAAGAUAACAACGAUUUCCAGGGCUCUGAAGACUAUCCCCAAUCCGAUGAACGGCAAUUUGCCGCUGGUUAUCCUGCAUUCAUGUCGCACCCCGUUCCACCAGGACAUGGUUUCUUUCCAGGAAGCAGCUCUUCAUUCAUUGGCCGUUUAUUCCCAGGAGGAUAUUCUCCAUUCAGCUUUCCAACAGUAAACGGCUUUCCCAUUAGACCACAAGCGUUCAUGCAAGCUCCGAAGACGUCUGAACAUUCAGGAGCAAAGGUAAAGGGCAGAAAGUCUAGGACGUGGACGAACUUCCUCUUCCUUUAAGGGAGCAAAAGCUUGCCUGAAUAUAAAAAUGUCCCUAAAUACGGCAUAUUUUUUCUUGAAUCGACAUAGUGUACCAAAAUUACCGACGCAAGCAGAUGUUUGCUCGGUUUUUAUCUUUAUAAACAAAUAGAAACAAAUUAAAUUGAGUCAGUUAAGGGAUACAAUUAAGUCAUUUUAGGGAUAGAAUUUAUACUCCUUUUCUAGAUAAUAAUUUUUCGAUUAUGCAGUAAUAUGUACUUAUCUUUUAGUUUAGUUUUUAUAUCUUAGUCUCUUAUGUAUUUCUUUUUUCUUGUAAUAUUUAUAUUAUAAUAUUACUAAUUAAGAGGGCCACAAGUUUAUUAGUUGUCUAACUAUUAGGUGUUACUCUCUAUAAAUAAAGUUUGAUUCACUGAUUGAUUGAUUGAUUGAUGAUUUCAUCUAACAGGUGUCAAUCAAUGUUCAAACCGGCAUGGAUACGAAGGGGCAAAAGGACUGGGAGAAUAACAUUGAAAAAGAAGAGGACAAAAUUGAGGGAAAAGAGAAAGAAGAGUGAAAAAAUUUUAUUCUUGCUGUUGGCUCCCGUCUUAAGUUAUUGUAUUCUGUAAUAUCUACUUAAAAUAUCGAAAUAAAGAGUUUGCUACAAAUAGUUACGGUUCAAUCUUUGUAUAGUAAGAUAAAAACUAAUGCAUGUCGAUUCCUACAGUUCAAAUGGGAGAACUGGAUUCCAUAUAAAUGGUAAAAAACUCCUGUUGCUUUUUAAACGUUAUUGUGAAGAAGUAGUUUUAUUUACAAAUACUCUUUAUUUAUUGAUAUGUAUGUAUCGUCUGUUAAGGAAUUUAAUUUGAAAUCAUUUGCGUCAGUUUUCGGUGUCGUUAAAAGUUACCGCGUAGAAUUAAGUCGAAGGGUGGAGAGAAAACGGAUUGUGCAAAUUAUUAUUUAUUACGAUGCUUUAACCUAAAUCUGCUUGGGAUUCUUCUCUUUCAGACAAGCUUUAACUUGUCGAAAGUAUUUCAUUUAAUUUCAAAAGAAAAGUCAGGGAUCGAUGACAAAUAUACUAUAGGCUGGAAAACUCCAAUAAUUAAAUGUUUAGACCUUGCCAAAUAAGCCUUUUACUGAUAUGAUUUAGUGGUAUCGUAUUUGUUUAAUUGUGUUUUAUUUCUUUAUAUAUUUUCCCUUGUUAUAGCAAAGCGAUGUGGGUGUGGAUGUGGAUGUGGAUGUGGAGGUUGUGGAGAUGCCUUUGAUUCUGGCGGCUGUGAUUAUAUGGGAGGCUGCGGUGGAGCUCAUGGAGGAGUCUACGGACCAGGCGGAUGUGGUGGAUGUGGAUGUGGUUGUGGACCUAGCUGCUGCGGUACAAAUGACUGGUGCGCUCCUGGUACCAUGUGCUCAAACUGUAAAGGAGGUUUCGGUCCCCCAAUCACUUGCUCGGGUUGUAACACUGGCUGUUGCCCAAGUCUUACUUUUCCUUGUGCUUUCGGUGCUACUGUCAACAACCCUGCCUGUGAAUGCUGCAAGGAGAAGACUCCACCUGGACAAUGUAAAUGGCCAUGCAUGUGGCCUUGCUGCUGCACCUGCACUCCUCCAAAGUUUGAGUUCAAACCUCUGAAACCCGAGCCCGUUUGCCACUGCCCUUCACCACACAGUCAUCACACUGCUUGUGGAUCACAUUGUUUCAGAAGAACAGGUAUGUAGCAGAUUAUUACAUUCCCACAAAUAAGCAAAACUACUCAUUCUAUAAUAAGGUUUUUUACAACAGCAAGAUAAAGCAAAACGCCGACGAGAUCGAUGGAAAAUAUGUAUCUGUGUUCCUGUAAAAGGCUUUGAAUAAAACCUCCUAUAAAUGUCUUAGUAUCCAAUUAACUUUAGUAUCCUUUAUUCCCUGUUACGCAGGUAAAGGUCCUGUGAAACGAAGUUUGAUGAAGGAACGGUCGGCCAGACUCAUGGCAGCUACAUUUAGGCAUGACUAUGCAGCAUCCUACAACCCUUUCUUUUAUAAUGCUCCAAGGAUGGUUUUUCCGAGGUUAUUUUAAAAAGAUUUUAAAGGUAAAUUCAUUGACAUGUCUGUGUAAACUAGACAAAAACUUGCAAAAUGACAUUACUGAACAAUAAUCUGUAGUCUCCCCAUUCACUCUUGCUCUAACCUCAUCCUGUUUAGAUUCCCUCAUUUUUAUUGUAGAAACUCUUUAGGAUCGUCUCUCGAUAGCGCUGCCCUUCAGGCAGGGUGAUGAUAAGCUUUACUUACUAAAGAUACAAAUUGAAUAUGAAAAAUACCUCCAUAACAAACACUGGGCAACUAGACUUCCGAUUCAAACAAACGCCUCCCUCACCAGGUAGCAUUAAAGAUAAAAAAGUACUUAUAAUACUCAAAAUGAAUAUAGACCAUAGUCUUCCUAUAUCUUUUCCCCCUUACUGCCAAACACAAAGCAAGAUAGGAGGUAACAACAUAUUGCUGUUAUAAUUAUUAUUAAUUUUAUCAUUAUUAUUAUUAUUAUUAUUAUUAUUAUUAUUUUAGUCACCAUCUGUCUUCUCAUUGGCUAAGAGCCUACAAUUUUGGAAAUCAGCGCAACUUACAGAUCAGGCCCAGGUUGUUCAAAAGCUAGAUAGCGCUAUCCACCGGAUAAAUCACUAUCCAGCGGAUACGUAUUGCGGGAAACAAUUGCGUUAUCCGCUGGAUAGUGAUUUGUCCGCUGGAUAGUGCUAUCCAACGUUUGAACAACCGGGGCCAGUUAGUCCUCUGUUUGCAUAUUAGUGACUAAUCUGUAGGUUGCGCAUGCAAACUGUGUUCCAUGCGAUGCUGUGUUUCUUCUUAAUUUUCUUCAAAAAAAUACGAUGCAACCUUAGGCCUUGAUUAUUCCGGAUGUCACAUAAACCUCAUGCAAUAAUUGUUUAGAAAAUGCUUAGAACUAUACUGUCCGCUGAUGAUGCAGAAAAAUAUGUUCCCGCUUUCUUUAGAUGACGUACAUACAUGGAAAACUGGGAUUUCUUGUACUUGGCAGCUUAAUGGCCCCUAAAUCAAGGAAGUAAGCCUGUAAGGACCAUAGAAGAAGUGAAGACUUCACAAAGCGGAAUACGAUUCCAAGGAGAUACAUACAAACAAUAACACGAAUUGAUUGUAUGAAUUACUGAAAUGUUGAACAAUAAAUCAAUUCAAAAUUUGAAUAUCAUUUGUGUGCGUUUUUUCCUUUCAGCUUAUUCCUUUUUAACUCUUUCAUUCCCAGUACGUCAACCCUUUUUCAUAUGAAAUAUAGUUGACUUUAAAAAAUACUCCACACAUAAAUGGCAUUUCAGGUCGAGCCUAUUCAUAGUUCUGAUCGUUUGAAGCUAGUAUGUAGUAUCUAGUGAGUGUGUGGCUUGGGUGUGUUUUUAAAAAUCACGCGAGCUGUUUCGUUGUUAAAAAUCUCAAUAUUCUGUGGUCCAUUGACACCCCAGUUAUCCCGCCUGAAAUCUAAUCAUUCGUUUUAUCUUCUUAAUGAUACUUUGACCGUUGGAUUAAGUCUAUCAAAAAAAGAGAGAAAAAUUGUCUUAUGCUGAAUGUGAUAGAUUUCCUAGCGUUCCUAACACACGCCUUUGUUCAUUCUACCCAUUAUUCUGUAGGUUACCCCAUUUGAACCACUAUGGAAAAACACGUAUUAAUAAGUAUAUUAAAGAUAUAAGGUGGCGGUAGCAAUUAUUAAAAUCAUACCUGCCUGAAGCCUGCCGGUUACAUCAAUCAACUUUAGGGAAUCAGCCAUACCGCUCACUCUUCAAUUCAAUUUGUUUGCAGAUCUAAAAUUAUCCACUUUAAGAUUGCAGGGGCAACAUAAUAGUCCUCUUCCCUUUACUGCAGUAGCCUCCCACGCAGACAUACGUUCCUUUGGCCCUUACAAACGUCUGAGUGGGAGGCUUGAAACUUAGCUUCCUCGAGCGGUUGUUAUGCUCUGAUCUAGGACCUGGCCCACCCUGUGAUGUUUGAGAUGUAUCUGGGUUUCCCGGGAUUAUAUGACUCACAAUGAACAGAAAUGCAUGUGGCCAAUUUGUUGCCUAAUGGAGGCCUUCUCUAAUUUCGGUCUCCUAUUGAUAUAAUGUCAUCAUUACAGUCGUGCCAUGAGGUUAUGGUGUUAACAAAAAGGACAGUAUACAGUAAAAAGAUGGUUAGUGAGAAAGAUUACUAUUUGCCGUUCACUCUUACCCUAUCUAUACUUCAUUCAGUUUUAGGGAGACGCCAGUCUUGUGAGGGAUGUUGUGGAUGUUGCAGUUGUCCAAAUGACUGGUGGGCGGGUGGAACCAUGUGCUCCAACUGUAAAGGAGGUUUCUAUCCACCAAUAACCUGCAGUGGGUGCAACGCCGGCUGCUGUCCUGGCAUAACAUUCCCCUGCGUCUUCGAUGUCACUGUAAACAACCCUUGCUCAAUGUGACAUUCCUGAAAAAUGAUGGUAGACGUUCACUUAGUAUUAAAAGACACCCAGGCCAUCCUAUUUAUUUUAACAGAGGAUAACGCUACCCACGCAUAAAUCUUGAUUGGGGAUCGAAAAAAUCCGCAAUAAAAGAUCGAUCACGGUUUAUCUUCUCUCUAUAGAUUUAUGCUGGUGCAAAAGAUGACUUUGGGAAGAAGGUAAAAGGAGGCCAUACAUUUCUUACUCAGUUUUUCAGUGGCUGAUAAUUAAUUUUUGAAGCUCCAAAUAAAAAACCAAUUUUUUGUUGCCCUUUUGAAAGAACACUUCCUAAUCUAGGUGUGUCAUAAUUAUAAGAUCAUUUAAUUUUUAAUCAUUCUAAUUGAUAAAUCUAAUUCUUUUUUAACCCUUUUUUCUGCGGGAAAAAUGCCUUAAAGAGAUUGCUCAUGUUGAAACGGUUGUCGUUUUACUCCACAUAAUUGAAGCCUACGUAUGGUUACAUUUUGUACUCCUAAAGCAAUUUUAGGACGCUUUACGUGAUUAAUUAGUGUAAACGAAUGCGUUAUUUUGAAUUCAUUGAUUACCACUUGGUAGUUCAGGCCAUUGUCUCUAGUGAUAGAACAACCCGAAUAACCUGCUGUUAAAUAAAACAAAGCAAAUUCUUGGACUUCGCUUAUCUUGCCUCAGGAUCACUUAAGAUAAUUUGUCGAUCAGACAAUGCUACUUAAAACAAAUUGGUCGAAUCUGGGAAAUAAUCGACUUCUAUUAUCACUGUUGUUUUUCUGCGUCAUUAUGAAUAUACCUGACCAAUGUAUAGCAUUGGUUUACUUAAGGGGGUUCCGUGCGAAAAAGGUGGCUGAUAUUUUGAAUGGCUUGAAAUCGUCGACAAGCAAAACUGGUUUCAACGAAACGACCUUAUACAUUGAAAAAGGAAAUGGAAACACGGAGCAACAAGGAUCGACGGACCGUGGAUUCGCUAGAACAGUGGAUAAAGUCAAGCUUAAGAAAGUUUGUAAACUUUUACAGAGCGCCUUAGGUACAUUGGAGAAAUUAGACUCUGAUCACCACAACGGAGUUGCUUCAAAACAGGAAGAUAAGUCUCAGAGAUCAGAGCCAAAGCCAAAAUCGACUCCGUCUCUUUGCUUUUGCCCAUGCGGCUGCCGAGGAUGUUGUCUCAUGCGUCCAAUGAUUAUGUACAGGGUAAAAUAUAAGCCACCCAAAUUUAAGAUGCGAGCUCUAAAGGCGAAAACAAAAUGUGGCAAUCCCCUUUAUGGCAUCUGCCUUGGUAGGAAAAAACGAUAAACACUUUUAACAAUGAACUUACUGAGGAGUACUGACUUAUUUCUUGGGGUUUGUCGAACAAAGUGGUUCGUUAAAUGUGUAGAGAACAACUUCCUACGUCACGAAGAGUUUUAAAUAGGGAUUAAAAGUAAUAAGGAGGAACUCAUUCUAAUUCUGGUCGCGUCUUAAAAUGUCCAUUUCAAAACAGUCGAUGAUCUAUCUAUAAUUCACAAAUGCUAGUUAAAGCGAUCGAAAAGGCGGAAAAUCAUUGGCAGGUUAUAACUGAAAAUCCAUCUAUAAACGAUCGAUGACGGUCCACUACACGAAUGUUAUAAAAAUUAAUUGAACGUUAUAUUAAACAGAAGCACUGAUGUGACAAACUUAGCGAUUUAUUCAGCUUAUUUUGCAUUACAUAAUGGUAGAGGCCAGCUCAAGAUAGAACUUCCAAAAUACAAGUGUGAAAUCCCGAUUAAAAAACCCCUAUACGACAAACACCCUACUACAACAAAUAUUCUUCUCCCAGCAGUUGAAAUAAAGCGAAGUGAAUAACACCCCAAUAUCAGUUACUCCCGUUGUAACGAAGAAUUUUUUAGAUCCUUUUUAAGCUCUUGUUACAUUGGGGUCUCACUGUUUUAGAAAGGCAUGCUAAUUUCUAGAGUCAUUGUCAGAGAGCAUUAUAUUCUCCUUCUUUCAGUGCUAUGAAGUAUAAAUAAAAAAGUCAUUUAAAUCUCAUUUAGGUUUCAAUGAAGUGAGUAUCAUAGUUACUUGCUGGCUUGGAGGUCACCUAGAAAAUCUCUUAAGUUUUCGGGGUGUACUUAAAACGAAGAUAUAGUGACCCCAAUGGGUAUACAUUAUUAACCAUAAGUUGCGAUUUGAUAAUACUAUAACCUGCCAACUUAAUUGUUCAACAGCACUUUACAACAUGGUGGUAAAAGCUCUUGAGAUUUCUUUUAACUUCCACUUAUUAAUUUGACAUAUAACUCAGGGAUCGCUGCAUAUGGUAUCGCUUAAAUCAUUUGGUUAUCGACAGAAAAAAAUAUGAGACAAAUAGACAGAAAAAGGAAGGCCAAUGGAGCGACAUGUUUAAAGUGUUCACGUUUUUGGUGGUACUAACAUCAUUCAAAGAUAUAGCAUUUACCAAGGAAAAUAUCAACAAUUCUUUUAUCAACGAAUACUUUAACUUCUAUAAACUGUUGCAAGAAAACAAGGAUUUUAAUGGAUUAGUUCUCAAGGUUUCAAAUAAUCUGAAGCACGUUCCAAGAUCCAUUUUGAUAGUAGAAAGAAAUGGCAAUGGGUUUUCUGUUACGAAACGAAGUGAAGAGGAAACGCCUAACGGCCCAACUCAUGAGAUUUCAAGGGAGUACUUUAAACGAUUGUACUUGGUUUUAGAAAAUGCACUGAAAAGCCUAAAUGAAAAGGAAAACGACGACAGUAGUGAUGAGAGGUCAGGAAGUGACUUGGAAGGUGAAAAUAAGCACGCCCCUGGCAUCGAAAGUAAUUCAAAGAAAAAUAAAGAUAAAGACAGAGAAAGUGAGUCAAAGGAGAAGGAUAAGUCUGGAGAUUCUUCAGAACAGAGUGGGUUCGUCUGCUUUAUGCCUUGUGGUGGGACUGGAAGUAGUUGUUUUAAUCCCGCGGCUUGCGGUUGCUCGUGCUCCGACUGUUUUCCUUGUCAACCUCAGUCUUGCAUGAUGCCACCAUGUUGUCCUUGUUGUUGCAACCCUGGAGGAAAAAAGCUAGAAGAUGUCUGGAUGGUGCCUACAUUGAUUGUAGCUAAGCCUGUUCCAGCACCUCCACCACCAGGAGAAGGGCCAAAACUCUGGCUUCCAUCUUGGUUAACAAAUCAACUGGGACUUCCUCCUUCUGCCGGCGUCAGCAAGAGUGAAGAAAAAGGAGGUAAAAGCGUGGCCUCUGGGGGAGGCGGUGGAGGUGCAGCAGGUGGUGGGGCAGCUGGAGCUGAGGGUGGUGGAGCGGGAGGAGGCGGUGGUGGUGCAGCUGGUGGUGGAGCAGCUGGAGCUGGGGGUGGAGGAGCGGCUGGAGGAGGUGGAGGUGCAGCUGGUGCUGGAGCAGCGGGAGGAGGCGGUGGAGUGGCAGCUGGCGGUGGAGUAGCUGGUGCUGGAGGUGGUGGAGCGGCUGGAGGAGGAGGUGGAGGUGCAGCUGGUGGUGGAGCAGCUGGAGCUGGAGGUGGUGGAGCGGCUGGAGGAGGAGGUGGAGGUGCAGCUGGUGGUGGAGCAGCGGGAGGAGGCGGUGGUGGUGCAGCUGGUGCUGCUGGUGGUGGAGCGGCUGGAGGAGGAGGUGGAGGUGCAGCUGGUGGUGGAGUGGCUGAAGGAGGAGGUGGAGGUGCAGCUGGUGGUGGAGCAGCAGGAGGAGGUGGUGGUGGUGCAGCUGGUGCUGGUGGUGGUGGAGCGGCUGGAGGAGGAGGUGGAGGUGCAGCUGGUGGUGGAGCAGCUGGAGCUGGAGGUGGUGGAGCAGCGGGAGGAGGCGGUGGAGGUGCAGUUGGUGGUGGAGCAGCCGGUGCUGGAGGUGGUGGAGCGGCUGGAGGAGGAGGCGGCGGUGCAGCUGGUGGUGGAGCAGCUGGAGCUGGAGGUGGUGGAGCGGCUGAAGGAGGAGGUGGAGGUGCAGCUGGUGGUGGAGCAGCUGGAGCUGGAGGUGGUGGAGCGGCUGAAGGAGGAGCUGGUGGUGGAGCAGCGGGAGGAGGCGGUGGUGGUGCAGCUGGUGCUGGUGGUGGUGGAGCGGCUGGAGGAGGAGGUGGAGGUGCAGCUGGUGGUGGAGCAGCAGGAGGAGGCGGUGGUGGUGCAGCUGGCGGUGGAGUAGCUGGUGCUGGUGGUGGUGGAGCGGCUGGAGGAGGAGGCGGCGGGGCAGCUGGUGGUGGAGCAGCUGAAGGAGGAGGUGGAGGGGCAGCCGGCGUAGGAGCAGCUGGUGCUGGAGGUGGUGGAGCGGCUGUAGGAGGAGGUGGUUGGGCAACUGGUGGUGGUGGUGGUGGAGCAGCGGGAGGAGGCGAUGGGGCUACGGCUAGUGGUGGUGCAGCUGGAGAAGGUGGUAGUUGGGAAGGAAGCUCAACUUGGAGAGUUGGUGGCGGCAGAAAAAACUCAGAAGGAAAUGAUUCCGGCACUAGAAUUGUAGGAAAGAUAGCGGAAGGAAAAGAUAACAAUGAUAAAGCUUCCAUA